AUGGCAAUAAGCACAGCAGCGCUUCGAUGCGCGGCCACCCCAUGCUGCGUGCGCCUCCCGGGGCGCGCGCGAACAGUGGCGGGGACGCCGCUCCGGCGACCACUGCAGCGGCUCGGUGUGCUGCCGGACGACCGCUCCGACCCGCUCGCGGCAGCAUGCCCCGUGCCGAAGGACCAGCAGCCGAUCUUCCAGCUGAAGGAGCUGCAGGAGGAUGAGACAUUUGACCUCGCGCGGCGGCCCCUGCCCCAGUUCAGCCUGAGCCUGGCCAAGAGCUUCGGGGCCUUCUUCUUCCUCAUGGGACUGCCAGUGUCAUGCUUCACCUUCGAAUUCUCAAAGGAGCCGGCGCAGUGCCUGCUGUCGGCGGCAGCGGGCAGCCUGUUCAUCGUAACGGUGCUGGUGUGGCGGAUGUACCUGGGCUGGGACCACGUCGGCGCGCGGCUGCAGGCCGCCACGGUGCCCUACGAGGAGACCGGGUGGUACGACGGGCAGCUGUGGGUGAAGACGCCUGAGAUCCUGGCGCGCGACCGGCUGGCGUUCGCCUAUCAGAUUCGCCCCACCAUGGCGCGCCUCAAGUCGACGCUGCUCGGUCUUGGGGGUGGGUUCGACCGCGUCACGCGCUGGGGGCGCACCCGUGUGCUGCUGCUGCUGCUGCCGCUGCUGCUGCUGCCGCCGCAGCUGCUGGACAACUACUCCGCCCCGCGGUCCACGGCUGCGGCCGCGGCGUCGGCCCUGGAGGGCCGCAGUUAUGAGGACCGCGUCCGGGAGUACGAGCCAUGGGCUGAUCUGGAGGACGGGGACGACGCGGCCAACGCGGCGGCGGCGGCGGCGGCGGGCUCCAUCCUGCAACACAUGCGGCCCUUGCCGUGA